CGAAGCAGCACGCAGUAAUCCCCAGCCAGGUUUUUGAGUUAGAGGAUGGCAGCAGCAGCUAUAAGGACUUUGCUAUGACCAGAAACAAUCGCUUUAGCAGUGCCGGACAAGCCUCCAAAAACAUCAUCCAGCCUCCAUCUGCAGUGUUGCACUACUAUAACGUUCCUCCGUGCAUAUCACAGGAUCAUUUACUGAGGCUGUGCACGGAGCAUGAUCUGCCUGGCUUUGUCAAAUUUAAGAUGUUUGAUGCCAAACCCUCUUCUAAGACCAUCUCCGGCUUGUUGGAGUUUGACAGUAAGACAGAGGCUGUGGAGGUUCUUACUGUUCUCAACCACUACCAGAUUAGGAUUCCCAAUGGGUCCAACCCAUACACACUCAAACUGUGUUUUUCCACCUCAUCACAUCUAUAAAGAGCUACCGAGCUUACAGAGAGCUGCUGGACCUGCUGAUAGCUGACCUCUGACCCGAGGAGGGAGCGUGACAGGCAGACGCGAAGAGGAGUGAGGCAGAGAGAAACACGGAUGAGAAUAAUAAAGGAUGGAAAUGGACGGGUGUUUAUAGAGUGCUUUUCUAGUCUUACUGACCAAUCAAAGCACUUUGAGUUUGAUGGCCACCAAAGAAGAGCGUGGUAAUGGACACUCUGAGGAAUCCACUCUACAUUUAGACGUCUGUGAAGGCAACUGAAGUCACAUUUUAUGUUUAAAAAUUUUUUAAAAAAAUUACAAAUGGAAACAAUUUUAACUUGCUGUCAUUUAAGGUUUCUUAGUGUUACAUAAACUUGCUGCCCUGUGGGAGCUCAGCUUACAGACCGAGCUUUCACUGCAGUGCUUGGUCAGCAUGAGACGCGUAGCUAAUUUAUGAGUUUACUAUCAAAAUAAUGACACAUGACAUCUGGAGGAAUCAUGUUAGGAAUGUCAUCAAGGUUUCAGUGACUAUUUAUGUUUAUCAGAAACAAAACUUUAUUGUUCAUGUAAAAAAAACGCGUCUGGUUUAUUUUAGCCUAACCUAAAGAAAUGAAUCCAAUAUGUAGACUAAGUUGUAGAGAAGAAACACUCUCUGUCAUGAUAUUUGCUGAGAAACUUCAGAGGACGAUACACAUUUUAUACACCUCGAGUGUCCCGAAGCAGCCCACGUCAGAAACCUGUCUCAUGAC